CAAAAACCAUCAAGUAAAGGAAUAUUAGAAAGACCGAAAAUCCCCAACUCUUCACUUCUUCUCUGUCGCCGCAAAAUCUUGGAACAUCUCAGUUGUCGAUCAAGGAUGAGAAGAAACAAAUCCAACAAAAUUAGUACUAGUAGUGUCAGUUAUAUCCCUGAAGAAGUCUUGAUCAACAUCCUAGCAAGGUUACCUGUAAAGUCUCUUCUUCGAUUUAGGUGUGUGUCCAAGAUAUGGUGUGGUUUGAUUGGCAGCCCAAGUUUUGUUAGAACACAUCUUAAUAGGAAUGUUACCAAACUUUCGCAUACCUAUCUAAUUGCCCUACAGCGGUUGAGAGAGAAACCAGCGCUUUGCUACUCUCUAUUUUCUACUGAAACAUUUGAGGAGUGUUUGAAGUUAAGACAUCCGUUAUGGACUGAAGAGCAAUUUAGGAUAUAUGGUUGGAGUAAUGGCCUACUUUGUAUUUCGGAUCAGGUACUGCGUCCAAGUAGUCCCAUAUGUAUUUGGAACCCAUGUAUUAGGAAAUUCAGGACUCUUCCCCAAUCAAGAUUCAAGGCACAUUACUCCAGUUACGAUAUCUCUCUCUCAUUUGGGUUCAACCCAAAAGUUAAUGAUUAUAGAGUGGUAAGGAUGGGCUGGUUUGUUCGAUCUAUAUUUAAGCUGCAGGUCUAUAGUGUUAACACUGGCUCAUGGAAGAUGAUUGAGGUAAUUCCUCCUUGGUUAAUGUUCAAUCCGGACUGGUGUCAAGGAUGCGCAUUUGUCAAUGGAGUGGCAUAUUGGCUUUUCACAAAGUCAAUGAAAUUUAGGUUUGUCUCAUUUGAUACGGACAGUGAAGAAUUCGAAGAAUUGAUUGUACCUGAUACUAUCUCCACCAUUGGCUUGACACGUGUUAGAGUCUAUAAUGACUCAGUUUGCCUUUUUUAUUCAUACGUUGAAUCUCCUGAUCGCCAGAAUUUACAAGAACAGACAGACAUAUGGAUUCUGCAAGGACAGUCUUUUACCAAGUUGCACACUGCAGUUUUACUCCCUGGAAGUUUGCCGUUGGGGUUCAAUAUCCAGAAUGAACUCAUCAUAAGAAACGGAAAGCGUACUGAAGGUGUUGAAGGAGAUACGUGGAAGAUGGUUUUAUAUGAUCUCAAAAUGAAGCUGAUUACAGAAACAGGAAUCGGCUUGGCGUAUGAUAGUCAUUCCCAAACUUCCGCAGGUACUUGCAUUGAAAGUUUGGUUCUGCUUGAUCGUUAGAGAACUUGGAAAAUUUUAGAAGUCCUAUGUAUUGUUUAUCUUCUUUAGAAUCUGUGCAUAUGACCAGUCACAUUUAGAAAUGUACUGAUGCACUGUCGAUAACAAACUCCUUUAUUGUUUUGAUUGGCCUUCAAUUUAAAUGAUUGUAUCUCU